AUGGCUGAUGAUCACUCAACUGAAUUACAGUUAAAUCAUACAGAUAACAACACAACCAAUACAAAUAAUACCUCCACAACCUCAACAACAAAAAACAAAAGUGCAAAAAUCGACACACCUAAAAAACAAACCCCAACAAACCAAUUCUCACUUAACAAAGGACUUGAUAAAGUUGGUUCAAAAGCUACACUAAAUGAACCACUUGAAACCAACAAUCAAUCCCAAAACAAUAAUGAAAUUUCACACAAAAGUGAUUCUUCAAAUAAUAAUAACGGGAAAAACUCAUUAUCAAUGAGCAAUCCAACCGAUCCAACAAUUGUACCACAAAAACCUCUACAAUCCCAACCAAACAAACCAAGUGCACCAACUCCAAAUACAAUAAAUACAAGAAGAAGCAGCAAUGCCUUGACUACACAACCAGUCAAUACUGGUGCAGCCAAACCUAAACACACUCAACAAUUGAUGGUAGAGCUAUUUUAG